UGAAUGCUCAACGCGAAUGCGCACGCGAGUCCCACUCGUUUAUUUAAAAAUUCCAUUUCAUUUAAAUGUCUCCCGUGUCUCGAGUCAUUGCGUUGAAUUUCUGAUAUUUCGAUGGACUGUUAACAACAACAUUGCGACCUUAACUGAUAUCCCUGUCACGCGAAAAUCAGUGCCUGAUGUUUUAUAAAUGACGUGUGCUUUGUUCAGCAGUUAUUUAGCAUGAAGUGUUUCAAAUUAUUUUUCAAACAUACGUGGAAACCUCAGCAGAUGGACAAUCCUGCACAUUUGAAUGGUUCCAAAUCAUCAGAAAUUGAUUUACCGGGAACGGAGCUUGGAGAAGUGAGAAUGUCCUUACCAACACCUGCAGCAUCAUCUUCUAGACCUAUUGGGGGAGGGCCUUGUUAUAAUGGCCCAUGUAAAAUACCGAUGAAUAUUCAGCACAAGCCUGAGAGCCCCUGGCACUCGCUGAAAACUGUCUUCCUGGUAUCGUGCAUUGUCGCACUCAUCGUGUGGAUUAUUGUCUACACUAUAUUGUCACAGUAUGAAUUACUGUGAUGAUUGAUAACUGUGGGGGAACAAAGACUUUCGUGUCGAGCUGUGUUGUGUGUUCCGAACUGUUUUGUGGGCUUCAAGGUGAUCUAGAGCCGUUGUCUGAACGAUUGAAGAGGGAAACGGUGAUUCUGGAGAGUAUUCAGGGGCUUGAGGACCAGCUGGUGGAGCUGGACUCCAGAGAAAUGGCGUCACGAAGUGGAGAUAACUCUGCGGUGACAGAGAUAAACAGGAGCAACAACAUAAUUUAACCGAGAAUUGUAAAUACUGUGAUUAGAUAGGCAAAUACUUUUAUUCUAUCUGUUACAAAGUGAGAGCAAUAAUUGUUCUAUUUUUUAAUAUUCUAUUUUUUGUUACGAAUAGUCUUCUUUAUUAUAAUAUAUUUAAAAUUCCAUUCCCUCGACUACAGUCACAUGAAAACAAUUGCCAGGUUAAUUAAUCUCGUUUGAUUGUGACAUUCAUCAUGUACUGGUUAAGUGCAUUAAUUUGAAAUGUAACCGGAAUCAUUAGUUUAAGAUUUAAGAGAAUUAAUGAGGUGACAGAAUUCCGCAAUUGCACAGCAAUAAUAGCGGUAUGUAUUUUUCCAUAAAAUGAAAUACAAAGAUAUGAGACAGACAAA